CUUAUUUUGCAUAAUCAUCCAGCCCAGUGACGAUGGAGGCGUCCAUGGCGCCCUCAGCAAGGAUGGUGACCCCGCCCUACCACCACAGCAUCGUCUCCACUGCCCCGACCGAUCUUCUCUACAGGGGCGCCAUUCCGGCACUCCGCAACCUGCAUUUCAUUGCAACUCUCCAGCUCAAGACAUUCGUUGUCCUCUCCAAGAAAGCGCUCGAAGACAACCAUCCCCUGUUGAGAUGGGCCAAGCAAACAGGAGUGACCAUCUAUUGGGAAGCUGCCGAGCAGAUGAGCGAGGAAAAGUUGGGCAUGGGGCGGCCACAAGUGGACCAGGUGCUCAAGUGGAUACUGGAUACUACUACGUACCCCCUGUACAUUGCAGAUGUCGACGGAAAGUCACAUACGACUCUUGUCGUAGCUUGCUUGCGAAAGCUUCAAGGUUGGCAUCCGGACACCAUCUUGGAUGAGAUAUGCCGGUAUGUCUAUCAGUCUGGGCACUCUUUGUGGACAUCCGUUGACCAGCAAAGAUAGGUAUCAGGAAGACCAAGAAGAUCUUCCCCUUCUGCCCUUUGUGACUGCAUACCUCGCACCUACCUCUCAAGAGACUUUGACUCUCCCUCCGCCCCCUUAUCCAUCUUGGAUCUGGCCCUCUGCAUCUUCCGAAGUAGAUCCUAAACCCUCGGUUUCCCGGCCCUCCCAAGCUUUCCCUUCACCGAAUCCCCCUUACCCAACACCACAGACGAAAGACCGUCCUUCUUCCUUAUCCGCUGCUUCAUCGACCAGUUCCAACAUCUUGCCCUUCCCCCACCCCCUACAGGCGCGCAAACACCCCACCAUGCGCCUCACCUUCCCAACUCCACCUGCCUCUUCAUCAAAUCCCGCCCCCAAUCAAGGCGCUGUGGGUCAAAAAGAUAUACAGGUUACAUCACCUGUAGCUGUGAUCGGUGACGGUCUCGCUCGCAUACCAAGUCGCCGUGAGAGGGAGAGAGACAAGGAGCGAGUAACGAAAGGCGGGGACAGAGUCCUCUCACCCCAUCCUCCCGGCAAGGAUCAGACAGCGCCCGUACUACACGUACCCACUCCAACGCGCUCAACGACUAAUUCCCCCUCUCGCCGAUCUCACCACCACCACCACCACUACCACCACCAUCAUCAUCAUCAUGACGUUGGCCAGGUGCAGACAGCUACCCGAAGUGGACCAGACUCGGCCCCAAGGAACGAGUCGCGCUUGCGUCAAGGGAUUGGUUCGCCAGAUGAAGGCGUCUUGGGUGCCGCUGCCAACUUGAUGACUGCUGGACUGAAUGGCAUAGCACAUGCUUUGGGUGCUACCCCUCCGCAUGCUGAGGACGAUCAGGAUAGACGGGAUGGCAAGACCGUGGAGGAAGGAGGAGGGUAUGAUGAUGAAGCGGAAGAAGGCGACUUGACUGUCAGGCAGAGCCCCAUUGAAGCCCCCAAAGCUGUGUCUCCUUUUCUAUCUACUACGCGAGACUCUGAGGACUUGCGAUCGGUCAGUUCUGCCACCGGUACCUCAACAGACUUCGGUAUGGAUACCGGAGCGAGCACCGCGGGAACGGAGACGGGUCUUGAAACGGACGAGGAGGAACAAGUAUCGGAAGAAGAGGAUGAGGAUGGAGAAGAUGAGGACGACGAGGACGAUGAGGACGACGAGGACGAUGAGGACGAGGACGACGGUGAGGACAAUCAAGCAACGUCCCAAUUUAUAAGCGCCCUUGACUUGGCUGGAUUUUGA